UCUUCAAACCACAACCACCAGCUUCAUCGUCUUUUCUCUCUCUCUCUCUCUCUCUCUCUCUCUCUCUCACACACACACACACACACACAGUUUCUCACCUACACCUAUAUAUACGCCAUUGUCAUCCCGCAUUAUCCGUAUGACUUGAGAAAUCACCAGAAGAUUCUCUAGAUCUAAUCUUCACGUGAUCUCCGCUAGCUUGUGCAUUAAUGGCGGCAACUGCUCCGCAUGUACUUCAGUUACCGGUUCGGUCGCCGGAGCUUCGAGUUUUGAUAGCUGGAUACGCGGUUUUCGGGUCGCGAUUGGAGUUGCCGUACUUGCGUAAUAAUCACGCGCCUCUGCAGGUUAAGGCUCGGAAAGUGAAAGUUAAGUGUGUUGCAAAAUCGACUGAAGAGGAGACUGAGCUGGAGGCGUUGGUCAAGGACGAUGAAGAUGAUGAUGACGUGGCGAUUCGUCGGGAGUACUCCAAUGGCUCAGCUAGUUCGCAAAAGACUGUUUCUACCUCUAGUGGCGAUUCCUUGUCCCUUGGAAUCCGUGAACCUGUUUAUGAGGUAGUGGAGGUAAAGUCAUCUGGGACGGUAGCGAAAAGGAAUAUAAACAGAAGGCACUUGCUGAAGUCAAGUGGUCUACGCCCUCGAGAUAUCAGGAGUGUUGAUCCAUCAUUGUGGUUGACAAAUUCAAUGCCUGCUUUGCUGGUCCGUGAGCAUGCAAUUCUAUUGAAUCUAGGUUCUUUACGGGCCAUAAUAAUGCAAGAACAAGUCCUUAUAUUUAAUUAUAACCGUAAAGGAGGAAAGGCUUUCAUUGAUGCAUUGUUACCACGGCUAAAUCCUAAAAACACAAAUGGAGGACCAUCGAUGCCUUUUGUGCUAGAGGUGGUUGAAGCAGCAUUGCAUUCACGGAUACAGAGAUUGGAGCAUAGACUGUGGGAUUUAGAACCUCGUGUCCAAGCAUUACUUGAGGUUUUGCCUAAUCGAUUAACUGCAGACAUAUUGGAGGAACUCCGUAUCAGUAAACAGAAAUUGGUGGAAUUGGGUUCCAGGGCCGGGGCUCUUAAGCAAAUGCUGCUUGAUAUUCUAGAGGAUACUCAUGAAAUACGUCGCAUCUGUAUCAUGGGGAGAAAUUGUGUACUUAAGAAAGAAAAUGAUGAGAUGGAAUGCUCUGUGCCCCUAGAAAAGGAGGUUGCUGAGGAAGAAGAGGAAGAAAUUGAAAUGCUGUUGGAAAACUAUCUUCAGAGAUGUGAAUCUUGUCACGGUCAAGCAGAAAGGCUCCUUGAUUCUGCAAAAGAAAUGGAAGACUCAAUUGCCGUAAACUUGAGUUCUCGAAGGCUUGAGGUAAGCAGAUUUGAAUUGAUUCUACAGGUUGGGACAUUUUGUGUUGCCGUCGGUGCUAUGGUAGCAGGUAUAUUUGGCAUGAACUUAAGAUCCUAUCUAGAGGAACAUGUGUUUGCAUUCUGGCUUACAACUGGAGGAAUAAUCGUUGGGGCUGUUCUGGGCUUCUAUCUCAUGUACUGGUAUCUGAGAACAAAGAAAAUACUGUAAGCAACAGCUGCUUUGGCAAUCAGGUGACACGAAACUUGACAAAGAUUCAGCUUGCAACUGCAAUAUAGUGCCCAAAAAUUGCUGGAUACUAGCAUAUUGUGUGGCAAGAUUGUUAGAUAGGAGCAUUGCGCAUUAAUAAGGAGCUUCAUAAACACUCGGAAACAUCAGCAAAAUUAGGUACUCAUUCUGUCCCGAAUCAAGAUCCACAGGAUUUGAGAAUAAAGGUGAUGCCAAAUCCUCGGCAAGCUAAUACCAUGGUUGUCAAUUAGGAAUAGCCAUCAUCCUCUAUACCAGCUUGUUAGGUAGCAUAGUGUUUCCAGUUAUAAGUUACUACCACAUUCUGGCAUUAAAGGUAUUGUUGCACUUGCACCCUUGUAAACCCUGAAUACGCUGAGUGGUGAAUCAGUUGAACAGAAGUGCCAAUUGAGAGAGUUCUUAUGCCCAAGAUUUGAUUAUCAUUUCUUCUUUCAUUGUAAGUGUGCAGAGUAGGUUUUGAACUUAUAAAAAAUAACUAAUUCAUGUAUUGA